CAUACUCAGCUCUGCUCCUCCGACCUGAUUCACAUCAAACCUUUAAAUUACCUUUGCUUCAAUACAAACAUGGAGAAAUCGCCAACCGCCUCGACUGUUCAGGCCCAACUCGACAGAGCUGGCGUGUUGUAUAGCGAGCCCCAGUCUGCCAACUUCACCGACCUCUUAUCCAACUACACUGGGGACCACCAGGACAGACAACCAAGUAUCAUUGCUGUCCCAGAAACUCAUGAGCAUGUAGAAGCCAUUGUGGCUGCCUGUGUCGCAGCCAACGCACAGAUGGUGGUGCGUGGUGGAGGGCAUGAUGUGUUCGGCCGGUCAACUGUCGCCAACGCAGUGACCGUGGACCUCCGGAAGCUCAAUGCCGUGAGCCCGUCUGAGGACUGCAAAACGGUAAGAGUUGGGGGCGGUGCGACUUCAGUCCAAGUCCUCGAAGCUUUGGCACCGCAUGGGCUUCAGGUCCCAGUGGGAACCUGCGGCACGGUUGGGUACGCUGGCUGGUGCAUGGUCGGCGGAUUCGGGCCUUAUCUUCACUCAUACGGCCUGGGUGCAGAUCAAAUCGUCGGUGCAAAGGUUGUCAACGCCGAGGGGAAGCUGAUUGAGGCGGACGAUGAGAUGCUCAAGGGCCUGCGAGGUGGUGGCGCGAAUCUUGGCAUCGUCGUCGAACUGACAGUGAAGGCGUAUCCUCUGCAAGAUGUCCAAGCCGGUAUGCUCAUGUUUGACUCGUCGAAUCUCUUCGAGGCUGUCAAAACCUUCUUCACCAACUACGCAGAACUCUUCAACACGGGCAAAAAGAUCCCAAGCCAACUUUAUGCAAUGCCAUUUAUCUUUGCGGUGCCAGGACUGGGAAUCACAUUGUGUUGUUGUGUCAUCUGGAACGGAGUGGCUACCGAAGAGUCGCGAGCUUGGGUUGACAGUGUCGCCAAGUUAGCCCCCUUGAUGCCAGGAACCCCAGAGCCACAAGUGGCGGUGGCUACAACGAAGGCUGUUGACUUUGCACGUCAUAUUACCGCCAUGUUGCCCCCGCAGAUUACGGGCCGAACGCAGUCUGCUUCGUUGACGCACCUUUCUCCGGCUGUCAUCGCGGGCCUGGCGAAUGUCGCAGCCAAGAUGCCUGCUAGUAGCAACGGCGGUAUUAAUAUGCACGUUAUGCGCCAGGACAGCCCAUCGUGUUCAGACUCGGUGCCGGAGUCUGUGUGUCCUUAUCGUGAGCCGCACAUCAUGGUUGAGAUACUGGGCGUUGGGCCAGACGAGGAGUCGGCUCAGAAAGCGGCUGAUUGGUCGAUGGCCUCGAGGAAUGAGCUCAUGGGCUUGGAAGAUGCUACCAAGAGGACGUAUAUUGCAGUUACAUCGCCAGAGUGCUUGGACUUAGAGGGUGUGUACGGGGACAAGUUGGAAGACCUCAAAAGGCUGAAGAAGAUAUACGACCCGAAUGGUGUUUUCAAGAACACCAUCCCGAGAUUGGCCGACUAAAUGGCUGCGGAUUGUAACCUCAGGAAUAGCUCUCCGGCGGAGCAUGUUUUCAUGAACCUCGUUGGGAUUUUACAUGAUUCUGGAGAUGUUGUUUGGGUAGUGCACAUGGCAUUAGUAUAGUAAACGUAUGGGCACCAAAGGUUUAAAUACUGGAAUGGUUCUAUG